ACAAUCCCCACGUGAGAUUAUAAAAUUUUUAGUUCAUAAAAUUCCGACGCUAAUUUCUUUGCGAAAUUAAAAUGAAUUUCAUGUGGUAUAAAUGUUUAUUUUCGUUUAAAAUUCUUUUGCUUAUUAGCUUCCUCAUAAGAAAUAAUAAUGCAUCGAUUUCAGUCACAUUUUUGGAGCCACCUGGAAGUGCUCAUGUAUUGCCUGAAGUCGGAAACUUCGGCUAUACUAUUGAAAAAAUGAAUAUUUAUUGUUAUCGAGGACGUGAUAAGGACAUAUCAAGUUUACUUCAAUCAAUCACAAUGAAUAUUGACAUCGAUAGCGACGAUUUCAAUUGCUUUAGCGGAGUUUCACCGGCAGAAGUUGAAAAAGCUCAUGUCAAUCACAAAUCUAUAUUUUCCUUCAAUUUCUUGUCACGUAGAAAGAAGCGAGUUUUAUAUUUAAAUCCUUUCAAUCAAACUUGCAUAGGAAUAGAAACAGCUGAAGAAUAUCAAGUGUCGUUGAAUAACAUUCGAGUUGAUCUGUUCAAGUUCAUCCUCCUCAGUGCUGGAAUUAUAAUAUUCUUCUCAGCGUCAUCAUUCAGCAGAAACAGCGCUUUCUUUUAUCUUUGUGGGAUUCUUCUCGGAAACUUCGCAUCUGUUCUUGUUCUCAUUUGGUUUCUUAGUAAAUUAUUUCCAAGAAAACCACUAAUGUAUGGUGUAUUGGCUAGUGGAUGGACACUUGCAGCAUACAUUGGUCAAAUAAUAAUUGACAAUCUUCAAGCUAUUCUCAUAUCGUAUCAGAAGCACGUCAUGGUUUACAUUCUACUCACAAGUUGUAUAAGUUUUGGCGUUUGUUACUACAAAGGACCUCCAAACAGUACUCGAAGCCAAAAUUUGAUUAAAUGGAGUCUUCAAUUACUUGCCUUACUCUCAAUAUUCUUCUCAAGUGAUUAUCAUGAAGCUACAUUGGGAAUCAUCGCAAUAUCACUUGGCUUGUAUUAUUUUCCAUACGGAAUAUUUAAAGGAAUUUCUCGUGUUUGGAGAAGAUGGUUUCCACCAAAACCAAGACUUUUGUCUGUUGAAGAGUUCGAAGAACAAGGACGAGUCGAAACUGAAAAAGCAUUAAAAGAACUUCGGGAAUAUGUGAAAAGUCCGAAAUGCAAGGAACAAUGGAAACUUGUAAUGAAUUUGUCACAACCAACACGUUUUGCUUCAUUUGUUGAAGGGGAAGAUCAUUUAACAAUGGAUGAGACAACGCAAUAUGAAAAUGGCAUUGAAUUAAGCGACGAUGACGAUGAAGAAGAUUUAUCUGAAAAUGAAUGUGAGGAAAAGGUUGAAGAACCUGUGAAGUCAAGAACAACACCAGUACAAAAUGGGAACAAACGUUAUCAAUCAUUUAAUAAAUCUGCACAUGUCUCAAGCAGCACACCGACUUCUCGUAUACAACCAAGAAGACGUGCAACUCAAAAUAAUUCUUAUUACGACUUAAGUGAUGAUGAGUAAUUUUUAUUGUUCUCUAUGUCACUUAAGUUCUUUUUUUGUGUUAAAAACUUAAUAUUUUUUUCCAACGAUCUCACUAACAACAUCAUGUAAAUAAAAUAAAAUUAAAAUUAAAAAAUUUACACGCAGGUGUUUGAAUAUUUUUAAUAAUGAAAUGC